ACCGCUUAUAUCACAGGCAGCGAUCUCGGAUGAGGUGGGGGAGGUUGCGUGGGACUGAUCGGGCAUGUCUAGCAUCCAAAACUUCUCCGGCCCACACAUCUAAGGGAUACCUUUCACAAACCGUUCGGCAGCGACAUCAUACGAAAUGGGGACCGACGCACAGCAAACGAGUCUGUUGGACGUGCUGCGAUCGCGCAGCGCGGUGGACUGCGAUACGUUUGACGUCGAUGUGCCUACGAAGCUCGGCCCGUUCGUGGAUUGCACAUCAAAUCAGGCUAUCGCGUACGGCGAACUUGUCCGCCUCGAUGGGGACGGGCGUCCGAUCCAUGCCCAGUUGAUCCAGGACGCCAUUAGCUUUGCGUCGGCGAAAGAAAGCGUAUAUCCGGAUGUCAACACAGCCGAGUUGGCGGUGGAGGUAAUGAUGGUGAAGCUGGCUCUCAGGAUAGUUCCCUAUCUCAAGGGCUACUCCCAUAUCCAGACCAACCCCAAGUAUGCUUACGACAAGCGCAAGACGGUGGAGAAUGGCAAACGUAUCGUGGCGAUAUUCGCAGAGCUUGACCCGACCUACGACACCGGAAGAGUGUGCAUCAAGGUGCCAUCGACCUGGGAGGGCAUGCAGGCGUGCCGUGACCUAGAGAAGCAGGGGAUUGCGACGCUCGCAACAACCAUGUUUUGCCUCGAGCAGGCCGCUCUCGCCGCUCACGUAGGUUGCACUUAUAUCGCGCCUUACAUCAACGAGUUGCGCGUGCAUUUUGACAAGAGUUACGUCGACGAGAAUAAGGCAUUCGGGUUCUGCGGUUCUGCUCAGCGAUACUACGAGAAGAUCGGGAGCAAGACGCAGGUCUUGCCUGCUAGCUUGACCUCCAUCCAGGAGGUCAUGAAGCUGGCGGGCGCUCACCACAUCACCAUCGCUCCUCACUUGCUGACUGAACUAGCCGAAACGGCGGCGGACCCCUGGGGAGGAGAGAUCGGGAGCGUGUUCGAAGGCCAAGAGGGAGAAGCGGUACGCGAUUACAGCAGCGUAGUGGAGGACGAGAGCGCUUGGCGCCUGGCCUUUACCCGGAGUUGGGAGGGCAAAGCCGAAGGCAAGAUCAUCCAGGCGAUUAACAUAUUCUGCAACAAGCAGGACGCCCUGGAGGGUUUAGCUCGGCGGGGAUGAUCACAACGACGG